ACGCGCAACUCAAUUGAGUUGAGACAGAAAGUAAAGUGACAAGCAAAGAAAGUACCGAAAUAAAUGAUGAAAGUACUUGCGGUCCACGGAGUAUUAUCGACUGCGCUGUGUGUAUAACGACGGGUUUGCUCUUUAGUCAGUUAAGCAAUCCACUGAGGGACUGGAAACCAUGUCUGUCAGCGUGCACGAGAACCGGAAGUCCCGCUCCAGCACGGGAUCUAUGAACAUCUCCCUGUUCCACAAGCCCUCGCACCCGGACAGCGUGCUUACCCACCUCAACACCCUGCGCAAGCAGUGCAUGUUUACUGACGUCACCCUGUGUGCGGGCGAGCGCUCCUUCUCCUGCCACCGCGCCGUGCUGGCUGCCUGCAGCCGCUACUUCGAGGCCAUGUUCAGCGGGGGCCUGCGCGAGAGCCUGGACAGCGAGGUGAACUUCCACGACAGCGUGCACCCCGAGGUGCUGGAGCUGCUGCUGGACUUCGCCUACUCCUCGCGGGUCGUCAUCAACGAGGAGAAUGCGGAGUCCCUGCUGGAGGCCGGGGACAUGCUACAGUUCCACGACAUCCGGGACGCAGCGGCUGAGUUCCUGGAGAAGAACCUGCACUCCUCCAACUGCCUCGGCAUGAUGCUGCUCUCGGACGCCCAUCAGUGCAAGCGCCUCUACGAGCUCUCCUGGAGGAUGUGCCUGGUACACUUCGAGGCUGUGAGGGACUCGGAGGACUUCUAUGGACUCUCCAAGGACAAGCUCUUGGAUCUCAUCAUCAGUGACGAGCUGGAGGUCGAGGAUGAGCAGAUAGUCUACCAUGCCGUCAUCCGCUGGGUCCGCUGCGACCUGGACAGCAGGAAGGACCACCUCCCAGAGCUCCUGAGGGGGAUCCGCCUGGCCCUGCUGCCUUCUGAGUACUUGAUUGAGGCGGUGGCCUGUGAGGAACUGGUGCUCUCAGACAAGAGGAGCCGGCAGAUUGUGGAGGAGGCUGUCCAGUGCAAGAAGAGGAUCCUUCAGAACGACGGAGUGGUCACCAGCCCCUGCGCACGCCCCCGCAUGGCUGGACACACCCUGCUCAUCCUGGGGGGCCAGACCUUCAUGUGCGACAAGAUCUACCAGGUGGACCACAAGGCCAAGGAGAUCAUCCCCAAGUCGGACCUGCCUAGCCCCAGGAAGGAGUUCAGUGCCUGUGCCAUUGGGUGCAAAGUAUACGUAACUGGGGGGCGGGGGUCUGAGAAUGGUGUUUCCAAGGAUGUUUGGGUUUAUGACACAGUUCACGAAGAGUGGUCUAAAGGCGCCCCUAUGUUGAUCGCUCGCUUUGGUCACGGCUCUGCCGAACUGGAGAACUGCUUGUACGUCGUUGGCGGACACACAGCCAUAGCAGGCGUAUUCCCUGCCUCCCCUUCCGUCUCUCUAAAGCAGGUGGAGAGGUACGACCCCCUCACCAACAAGUGGAUAAUGAUGGCGCCCCUGAGGGACGGAGUAAGCAACGCAGCCGUGGUCAGCGCUAAACUGAAAUUGUUUGUUUUCGGCGGCACCACCAUCCACCGGGACAAAGCCUCCAAGGUCCAGUGCUACGACCCUGUGGAAAACCGCUGGGCCAUCGCGGCCGAGUGCCCCCAGCCAUGGCGAUACACAGCCGCCGCGGUCUUGGGCAGCCAGAUCUUCAUCAUGGGCGGUGAUACCGAAUUCACCGCCGUCUCCGCCUACCGCUUCGACUGUGAGACCAAUCAGUGGACACGAGUCGGAGACAUGACCUCCAAACGCAUGAGCUGCCACGCCGUGGCUUCCGGCAACAAGCUCUAUGUGGUGGGGGGCUACUUUGGCACCCAGCGCUGUAAGACGUUAGACUGCUACGACCCUACCUCGGACAGCUGGAAUAGUAUAACCACUGUGCCUUACUCCCUCAUUCCUACUGCAUUUGUCAGCACUUGGAAACACCUACCUGCCUGAGUGGGGAGCUUCACCAAGGAGUUCAACAUUCAACCAAAUUAAGAGGCCAUGGUUUUGCUCACUGCGUCCAUCCAACCCCAGCGCUGGAAUAGGAACUCCUGAUUGGGCGACAGGGCAGUGGCUGGACAGUCUGGGUGUGUUUUUUUUAUUUUUCUAAAACAGCCUUCUGAUUACCUGACAGGAGUGGAGCAGAACUGGAGGAAGUGUGGUUUCCAUGGCAACAAUGGAAGGGGCUCCUGGGAUUGUCUUCGCCCCCUGGUUCAUGUGGAGUCUCUUUAGCCACAUUGCUGAUGAACUGGUAUACUAACUGAGAUGCAUUUGUUUCUCAAACUUUUAACACGUUCUGUUUUUUACAGACUAGACUAGUUUAAUAUAAACAAACACCACAACCCAAACCUGGAACACAUUGAAUUGACAUUUUCGUCCCUCCUUCUUCACAGAUUCUGAUUUAAGUCAGGGCUUGGAAUUAUUUAAAAAUGUUGGUUCAUACAUUCACCUUUCGCUUCCAUAAGCGUCAUGCAAGCACUGACCCAGGUCGACAGAGCUUCGCUUGUGUAACCUGACAAGGAUCCAGAUGCAGAGAGGCAGUGUGUUUCCAUGCCAGAUGCAGAAGGGCUCAACUGAACUUCGUACACUGUUUUAGAGUAGCAUUAUUAACUCCUAUAUCAACGGGUUGCUUCUGCACUUUGGCAUCAGCUGAAUCUGGUCCUUUUCAAAAGACUGCAUUGCCUGUUUGUAGGUGGUGAUUUGCUGGUUCCCAGUCAAUAGACGGCACAGUUUUGCUGUGCACACAUUUGAAGAAUGUCUUCCAGAUCAACUCAGAAUAACACAGCUGUGAAAACCUAUUAUUGAUCCAGAUUCAUAAAAAGUUCAUGGAUUGAGUACAUGACAUGGCUCCUUUUAUGGUUAGAGGGAUAGAAAUAUGAUCUAGGCUGUGAUAACCGGUCCUGUGCAGUACGCUUGCUGAGAGAAACAUGGGCUCCUCGAAACUCAAAUUCUGAGAGUACGUCUUCCCGGCUGUAAGGAACUGGAUUCAAUUGAGUUGUUUUUAUAAACUUCAGUACAGGACAUGAUGUGAUGAACGAGUUUAUUUGAUAAAACCUGCACUGGAUGAAGCCUCUUUCAAGGAAGUCACCCCAGGGCUUCAGAAAAGGUUACUGAGAUACUAAGUAAAAUUUCGAUUUUUAUUUUCCUGGAGACACACUGCUGUACUUAAGAGGUGAAAACUAGAAAGUCUGUUUGUUUACAGUUUUUAAAACAUGCACACUAGUUAGUCAGGCUGUGCAUGAGCAGCAUUGCUCCUCAGUGUGGCCCUGAGCUCAGACUGCAUGAGCAGCCAAUGAGCAUUAGGAAACAUGGGGAAGAAAAGCAGCAGUUUUAUUCCAUGUACUUUCACUCUCAGUGUGCUGUACUUUAGCAUCAAAGCAGAGCUGCUGCACAUGACUUAACGUUGCAUCCCUCCAGACCAAUUUAAACAUUGUGCAGAGCGGUGGCAUGGAGUCGGUGCUGCCCUCGAUGGCCUGCACCCUGUUGACUCUGUCUAUCCUCCUGUCACUACACCACGUACAGGAGAGGGGGUGUUCAAUGUGCUACGUGCCACAAGCAGUAUAUUCAUCUCGUUUGUCACAGAAGCAAGCUGUUUCUAUUAUGAUUAUUCAUUUUACUGUUCUGAAAACGACAGCAUGCAAGAUAGAAAGCACAUCCAUAAAAAUAAAACUCUUUAAUCGUAAGACCUUUUUUUCAUAGUUCAAAAAUGAGUAAGUUGAGUUUACUCUAACAAUAAUGUUUAGACUGCCAGAUCACACAUUCCGUGUUCUGUUAGGUUAAAGAUUAAUCUAAGACCCAGAGGCAUGCCUUUGUCUGGGAGUCUGAGCUGUUGUUGAUGAUGACAGUGCAAUGCAAUCUAGUUAAUGGCUUGGUGCCAUAAGGAGUUUAGGAGUUUUUGUCUACCCUGAUGAGUCAGUUGACAGUUCAGCUGAACUCGUGUUUGUUGAAUAUUUGCUCAACCUUAGCUAGGAUAUGGGAAGUGUUUGGUUUUUGUUGCGCUUGUAUUGUUACAUUUAGCAGCUGUUUUGUUACUCUUCCCAGUGAAUCACAGAAUUAUAAUCUGGCAGUGCGGCAGCUCUGUUCUACUUCAGGAAGAAUUUUAAUAAAAGGACUUAAAAGUACAACCAAUUCUGUAGCGACUGGCAGCUUGCCAAAAAGACCAGUCAAAGACAAACACGCUUGGAACAAUGUCAGGCAGCUCUCCACCGACUGUCCUCCAUCAGGUGUGUUUUUCCAUACUGGACUUCAAGUAAUUUGCACUUGCGAAUGCAAUUUGUAAUUAUUUUGCUGUUCCUUUUCCUUCCUUUAUCUGGUGUGCCAUGGCAGCCUGCCAAGAAACAGUGAAGCAUGGAGAUGGGAGACGGACAAUGACGGGCUGGCUGAAACUUCCUUACAGGAGGGUCCGAGAAGGAUGCAUGUGGGACCGUUAGGAAUAUAAUAAAUAGGUAGACGGAUAGACUGCAGGUGGGGUUGACUUAACAACAUUCAUAAUUCUACUAUCAAUUGGUCCCUUUUUAGACUCUGUGCAGAGAAGAUGGUAUUAAUGCAAAUGUUAACAUCAUGAAAUUAGGAAAUCUGCAAUAUAGCAAGCUCAUGUUGUGAUACCCUCUAUGCUACCCAGUAGUUUCCAGCAAGCUCCAGCUUUAUUUCAGCUGUAAAAUGAGACUGAAAUAAAACCAGGACAGGCACACAUGUGACCCUUUGUGUACCCGAAGAUGAAGUCAUUUUACCAUAGCAAUACCCAUUGUUGAAUGAAUACCAUCUCUGUGUAACAUCCAAAAUCAAACAAGGCUCUUCUUUUAUUUAAAGUUAUGCAGAGCUCUGCUUUGAAGUGAGCUCGUGGCCAUGUCCAUGUCAGUGAGUUCUUCAGCUCAAGUGCUGUUUCUGAAUAUUUCUUAGUGGACUAAUUGCCUGUGAAGUAUUUGCUCAGUGGAUUAAUAGAGGGCUGCAGUCCCCAGUGCUUUACAAAUCCAAUGUGCAUGAAGAAUAAAAUAAACAAGGGCUGAUGACAAUGCUGUAAAGAGGGCUGGGAACAUGAACCUCAGUCCUGCAGUGCACGUCAUUUCAGGGGCAGGAUCUAGUUUUGUGGAGAGAGGUCUGCCGGACUGAAUGCUUUCCAGGAAUCCUCGAUUUGAACCACGAAGCAUUACACAGGUACUGAAUGCUUUUACUGUUACAAAAUGAAGCAACACACACAGUCUGAAAUUCAAGUUUUAAAUCCUGAAUAAAUAAUGAAAUCCCUGGGCUCUCAAAGAGAGUUAAACUUGGGUCUUCAGAGAGCUGCCGAGGACACAGCAGCAAUGCAAUAUGUCUCUACUGUCAUCCACUGUACUGUUCCCACAACACAGCCAGGUGCUCUAGGGCUUUAUUAAAAAAAGAAAGGAUACUGGACUUAUUAAAUCAACAGGGAAAGAACAGCUUUUCAUUUCAAGGGCUGUUUAUCGUUUCAGCAUUAGCUCUUCAAAACUCCCUCAGGUGUAACUGAAGUGUUCAGCAGUAGCAGUAUGAGGAGGAGCCUUGAAUAGACAAAACACAAGAGAGCUCUUCCAGUGACCAUAGCAAGCCUGUAUCAGGGUGCACAUGUGACUCCUCCUGCUAUACCCAGGAGGAGCCUCGAAUAGACAAAACACAAGCCACACUGUUACCAGCAUUCAAUUCAAUUAAAUGUCUGACAGCAGACGUGGUUCUAUUAUUAAACAGCCACAGUCAGUAACUGAUUCCGUUUAAAAGCGUCGUUAACAAAGAGACUUUAUUGAAUGUAAUGCAAAUUGAUUCCCCACAGCCUAAUUCAAUUUCCUCAUGUAACUUCACGUGCUGACCGGCUAAUUGUCUGAUAAUCCUAAUUGCAGUCUGCACUCAUUUGGUAAUUGGGUUUUUUUCAACCCUGACCCUGCGCUUCCAACAACUUGUGUCUUGUAGAUAGACUAGACUAGAUUGAGCUCCUGUAGAGUCAUCGGAGGAUGGAGAGAAACAUUGUGGAAUGAUGUUGGAACAGUUUAAGAAAAUGCGAUCCUUAAUUAAAGCCUGUGUGAAAGCUUUGUAGUUUUGAAUGGACACUCUGUCUGAGACAGCGCCAGUAAAGAGGAGUAAAAACAAACUACAGCAUGGAGACACUGAUGAAGGCUGACUCCUGAGUUCCUUCUUAGCACUUGCAUUUACCUGUAAGGCGGGCCAGCAUUGUGCUCAAGGAAAGAAAAAAAAAAAAACAAUAUGCAGUAUCCUCAAAUCCUAUUGUAACUGGACAUCCAUAACUAAAACCUGCAAUAGGGAUGAAUGUAUAAAUACUGUAAAUCAUUUUGAAACGCUGUUGAAUGUACUAGUAUUUCUAUACUGGUUAACUGUACAGCGGGAUGGAAGAGGGAGUGUCGUUUGCUGUGGGAGUGUGAUAGUUGUUCUAAGUGUAGAAGAAAGGUAAUGUGUGGGGGUAAAAGUUUCACUCCGAGUUUAUCUGGUGGCAACAUGUCUAUAACUUCAAGCAGAGGCUACUUAACCUCUUGCAGGAACCUCGACAGAGUGCUGUGUGGAUGAGGGUUUUGUUGCUUCCAAGUCAAUCCAGGGUUACAGUAUUGAGAUCUCGUACUGUAUUGUUGUGAGGAUCGUGAUUUCAUUGCAGUUGCUGUAGAGUUGGCUGCCAUUACAGAGUAUGGAAUCAAUGGAAUGCCCUGGGGGGACAUGAUGGUACAUUGUAAAUUACAGUCAUCAUAAAUAAUGGAUCCUAUAAACCAUUAACAAAGCCUAGCACGGUUCUAUAAUAAGAGAUAAUGCCGUUGCAGUCCCUGCUGAUUUUAUUGAAGCAUAUAAAGAUUGAGGUGCAGUUUUGUUUUUUGUUUUUUUAUAUAAUUUGCUUUAGGUCAAGAGGAUGCCCUGCGUUAUUAAUAAAUGAAAUUAAAAAUAAAUAAACCAAUUAAAGGAAAUGUCCCCACAGACAGGCCAGACUUUUUGGCUACUUUUGUAAUGAAAAUUCAAGCCUGUCUGAAAAGGCACUGAAAGCUUGGUGCUGCUGCACUGCACACAAACAAGGGCAGGCUCACAAUUUAAGAUCAUACUGAAAUGCAAACCAGAUUCUUGCACGUUUGAAGCUGUUAUCGAUGACACAGUCCUGUUGUCAACCAGAAAGGCUUCUGGAUAGCCAGGCUUUAGCAUACAGCCAGUCAGUUACUAACUUCAGCAUGCAAUCCUAAAGCCGGGGUGUCUUUUGGUAUUUUGGGACCACUGGAAUACAUCUGCCUGAAAUGAAUUUGCUCGACAGACAUCCAGGGGGUCCAGGCUUAACAAUAUAAUUUAAAGACUGUCUCAAAGCCUCAAGUCUGGGCUUGAAAGUGCACAGCUUGUGUAGAUCUCUGACAUUAAUGUGAGAGGUGUUUCCAUCUGCCUUCCUCAAAAUAACAAUCCACUCUUCUCAUCCCUGUCAUUAUCCAUUCCCAUGCCUGUAGUUUUAUCGCAGGAACGUGCAUCUUUCUAAACAACACAAUCAAGUUCCUUUAUUGAGCACAAGCUCACUCUUAAGACCAUUAAAAGCACAACAGAGCUUUGCAAAGUAGGUAGAGAAAUAACUGGGUUAAAAAAAUGCAAUGGCAUACUCAUGAGCAAAGGUUUGUUAUGGGGAAAGACGAUGGGCUGUCGGUACAGUAUUACAAGGAAUAUGUGAAACCGAUAAUCCCAGGAGAAACAUUUCUCAUGUAUUUUUGAAAUCUCCUGUUUUGAAAUACACCAGCCCCAAGAACUGGAAGCCGAGUGUGCUGAGAGGCAGCGUGUUCCCAGGGAGACAGGGACAGAAUGAGUUCAGACUAGUCUGGCUUUCAGCCACAGGGCAGAUAAGCAGGACAGGAGAGUCUGAAAUAAGAGACAGCCUUGCUCUGAAAUUUACUUGCCCUUGAGCAGCUUUUUAUCUACCGAGUGCCAUGUCUUUACAACGCACAUUGCCAUGGAACGAACCUGCAGGGAAACCUAUUAACCUUCCUCUGAAAGCAGAACAAAAAUAAUCAAUGACAUGUUGUAAAGAGCUUCCCGGUAGUGGAAAAUCAACAGUUUAUUUCAUAGUUAUUCAUUGUUUUCGGGGGUCACAGGACUAAAUCCCUGGGACUGUUUUCAGAAGGAGUUGGAGAAGAGAUGCAUCACUCAGGUCACACCUUUAAAUGUGGCUUGGUGGUUUUCUGAAUGCCUGCUUGCUUCAGAAAGCUCUGUCCAUAUGAAAUGUACAGCUGGGGGUUUGACUGCAGUUGUACUUUGAACUUCUGCCUUCAAGCUUUUGUAUGGCAUCUGUUUCAGCUGCUUGCCCUACUUCUGUGUGCCCUAUUUCAUAAAACUCGGGUGAAUUCAGGCGUGUGAGGAUUGAGCAGACAUCCAUGCACUUGAAAUCCUUUUUACCCGCAGGAAUUCAAGGAAUGCCAUCUCUCUUGUUAGAGGAUCUCAGUGAAGCUGUGGGGAAGGCGCUGGUCAUGAAAAGGUUGCACCAGAGUCAUGCUGAUUAGUCAUUUUGCUAAGGGCCAGUCUUUCUAAUGAUAUGAUCUGACAGUAUGCCCGCCAAGGAGGAGCGUGGAAGGUGUGGGUGUUGAAGUGUGUGCUGAAGCUGUGAUAGAACCCGAAUCGAGCCCGGGUGCUGAAGUGUGUGCUGAAGCUGUGAUAGAACCCGAAUCGAGCCCGGGUGCUGAAGUGUGUGCUGAAGCUGUGAUAGAACCCGAAUCGAGCCCGGGUGCUGAAGUGUGUGCUGAAGCUGUGAUAGAACCCGAAUCGAGCCCGGGUGCUGAAGUGUGUGCUGAAGCUGUGAUAGAACCCGAAUCGAGCCCGGGUGCUGAAGCUGUGAUAGAAACAUGAUAGAAAGGGAGAAGCGUGGCAAAGUAGAAAGGAAUUGGGUUAAGAAGAGGUUCAAGAAAGACAGUUAGAGUGAAAGAAAGAGACCGAGGGCUAUAUUUCACUAUGAGUAACUUGCAGGAACAGUCUUAGGCAAGCAGGAAAGCUAUUUCCUCAGUCAGGAGAAGGCUCCCAGUUCUAACAGUGCAGUGCAGUGGAGGGGCUGCUCACCGCUGCUUCUCUCUGGGCUGUCUGUCCCCAGACCAGCUGCUCUGCAGAUCUGAAGGCUGAUCCCCUCUGAUGUAAUGUUUACCAGAGACUCUGUGCCGACAGGAGAUAGGAACUAUGUUAAAAAUGUUGCUUUUAUUUGAGGUGGCGCAGCGGUGCUGUGCUGGAACAUGCUUUUCUUGCCAUGGAAAAGCCUGGGUUAUGAUGACAGCAAGGCUGGUUGGACUGCUUGCUUUUAAUGGUAUGUUCAUAUUACUGGGGAAUUCAUCCCCCAUUUUAUUCUACAAUAUGUUUUUUUAAAUACAUCAUUUAAAUUAUAUAUUUUAUUCCAUAUUUUUGAAAACAUAAUAUAUGAUUGCUAUAGAAGCAGCUUAGAUAUGUUUAUACAUUUCUCUCAAAAAUAAUUUCAAACUGUCUGAUUAUUACAACAGCAACAAUUUCUAAUUCCUAACCCAGCAUCAGGGCUUGUUACACAAACCAGUGCGUAAUCUUUGCAGGAGAUACAGUCAAGCUAUAUUAGAUUCCAGAUCAGAAGAUGCAGAUUAAAAGAGCAGAAUUCCUCAGAACUCUGUUUACAUACCUGACUUGUGAAACGGCACACAUGAUAUCAGUUCAGUCUGAAGCCAGGUAGAGUCGGGCAGUCUAGCAGACAGUAUGAACUCAGAUCAGGGGAAGAGACUUUGCAGUGCACCCUGAACAGAGCGAACCACAGCCUGGUCAGGAAGGAGAGUUGUAGCCCUGGCCCAAACGAGCUUGAGACUAGAAGUGGCGUUAUUGUGAAGAUACUGUACCAAAGAUAUGGCAUGGUUAGGUACGUUUGUGAACAUCAAGUAUGUGCCAUGGGACUCCAAACACACACGAGCCCUGCUGCACCCGGUCCUGGGUCUCAGAACUGCCCUCAGUUAGGUCAGGACCGGUCCUGGGUCUCAUAACUACUGCACUGUAGUCACAGAUUGAAUUGCUAUUAUAAUACAAUUCAAUCUGCAGUAUUACUGUAGUGUUGUCACAGUUCACUCAAACUGCACACUGCUGCCGUUGACUCUUUAUUUUGUUAUAAAGAGUCAAUAGCUCCUAAGAGCAGACAACCAUGAGAGUAAAGUGUAAAUACAGCACAGCUUCUAUUUCAAAGGGCUGUUCUGUACCUCUCUGGAAUGCCAUGUCAUAAUUAAAAUCAAACAGCCUCAAUAGACUGUAAGAAUCAGGAUGAAAGCGUUUCAGAAGAAACACCUGCACGCUGUCUGCCAAACCUCUGCAAUCCCAGACACUGCCCUGCUCCACAUCACAGCCUGCAGUGUAAGCAUUAGGUGUUUCUGCAACAGUUAUUAUCAGGAAGGAAAGGGAGGAGGGGGGGUUGAGUCACACAUGACAAGCAUGCAGCCCCUUGUGUGGAGGAGUGGAGCCUGGAAUGUGUAAACAGCGGAGGCACUUUGUUCCAUUCCGCUUGCUAGGCACUGGAGUGUAAAUAGAGCUGGGGGGCAGCGUUUGUCACUUUGCAGCUCCCGGCUGAAAGGAAAACAAAGAACAAACGGAGUGGAGCAGGAGCCGCAGCCAGUAGUCAUGGAAACACGCCUCAGUGGAACAGCAUUUCAGAAGUUAAAUAUAGUGGUGCGUUCUUUUACUGGGUUUAUUUUAGGGCCUUGUUCUUCAGUGUUUCUCUGUAAGACUUGUGGGUCCUGUUUUCUCUCUUACCCUCCAUUGAGAUCACUGAAGCAACGCCAGCGCAGAUUGAAUGGACGGGUGCAUGUGAGCUCAAAAGAGAACUGUAAUCAUAGCUGAGAGGUGGUGUGAGUCCGUGGGGUCACGCUGUGGUUUAACCAGCGAGCUGGGCUGGUGUUGUCCGGGUGACGGUACAGGACUGUAAUCAUAGCUGAGAGGUGGUGUGAGUCUGUGGGGUCACGCUGUGGUUUAACCAGCGAGCUGGGCUGGUUUUGUCUGGGGACGGUACAGGACUGUAAUCAUAGCUGAGAGGUGGUGUGAGUCCGUGGGGUCACGCUGUGGUUUAACCAGCGAGCUGGGCUGGUUUUGUCUGGGGACGGUACAGGACUGUAAUCAUAGCUGAGAGGUGGUGUGAGUCCAUGGGGUCACGCUGUGGUUUAACCAGCAGGAACAGUCCACCCACAGUCCACUGAGAUGCAUUAACCAGGGCUGGAGGCUCAUACUCACUGCAGUAUAUUCAGCUGGUCAGAAUACAGCAGAUGUGAACCAGGACUCUCAGAGCUUUGUAAUGAUGGGACUGAUCAAGGAGCAGAGAUAGCACUCUGAAUCUGACCUCGCUUUGAGCCACUUUGAAGGUUUUGCUUGUUUGACUCCCCGUAUCACGUUCUAGGGAACAUUCGUUCGAAAAGGCAUUUUGUAAUCCAUUGAGUCUGGCUUGAGUUUGAUUUGCCGAUCCUAAAACUGUGCGCUGCUUUUCAUAAUAUGUUGAGCUCUCCAGGGGUUAAACCGAGAUCUGUCCCCAAGCCAUGGCACAUUUCUGUCAGGAAUGUGAAAGGGCUGCACAGACCGACCCCUUGAAGCGCAUUGAUAGAAGCUGCUGGGGUUUAAAAUGAUAUGAAGAUCUCAGAACAUAAGAACAGAAUCAAAACCCGGACCCAUGCCUGUUCCUUUCAGGCACAUGAUCCACUAACACUUCAACACUGGGCCUUUUCAAAGGGGCUUUAAAGAGUUGCCAGCCAGCCGCUGCGCAGAUCUGAGCCGGUGCUUUCUAUGCAUAGCCCAAUUCUCGUGGACAUUAGCAUUUGAAAAGAGGCGUGGGGCUGAGCCGUGGAAAUGGAAGGGACAGUCGGGGAGGCUGGUGAGAAGCAGAGUUUGAAUUCACAGCCAAACUAUUAUCUUUGCGUUGCCUUGGAGGGCCUCUGAAAAGGGCUCUUUGUCAAGCCUGCUUCACAAUGACAUCCCCAGUGAGCCCCAAGACCCUCCUUCCACAACCCAGUAGCUUAUUUUCAAUCUUGGUUUACGUGGCGAUUUUUUGCAAUUUGAAACUUUUUUUUUUCCAGUCAGACCGUAGAAGAGUGAAUGUUUAAAAACAAAAUAAAAAACCCACAAACUUCAGAUAUACCGUAAUAAGAAAAACAGCACAGUCCAUAGUUAUAGAUUCUGCUAGCAUUACAGGAUCAAGCUGAAGGGUAUUAAGAAGCUGGAACUGAUUUGUUUGGAAGUGUCAAAAGUUAUCCUCCAGUUAACAGUGACAGGAUUAGAACCUUUUUUUUUUUAAGCUGCAGUUUGGCAUCUUUUUACCAUUGUUGUAGUUGCUGCUGUUGUGUUUUUUUAAACAUCAUUGAUUAAAAUUCCUGCUUAGUCACCAGCUGCUAACAAACAAGUUUCUGUUCAGUUCCAGCAGGCCCGGAUCAAAUGAAACUGCACAGAAUCAGCCGAGAACUUUCCACAGCUGUGAGGGGCCACUGGGCUCCUAAUCUCUCUGUGAACGGCACACUGAAGGGCUGCUGUUGAGCGCAGUAACAGAGCAAAACAAUUUCAUUCCAAUGACCGCGCGUGGGUCCCUGGAGCGGGAUACAUAGUGCACAACACUCCUGCUUCCUGGAAUCAAACAGAAAGGACUCCGAGUUGUGUUCACUGUGUCUGCAGUACGCAGGAGGAAACCUGGGUUCAGCUUCCCUGUACUCCAGAGUUUUAGCACAGCACUUUGAAAAGGAGCACAGUGUUUAAAGUUAGAGACAGCCAUGAAGUGCACUUGGUGGGAAAGUACAAACCGAAUUUAAAAAGCAGCUCCUGUUAGGGUUACAACUCUAUUUAAAUGUACAACAAGCAUCACUCUUCCUGUGAACAGGACAGUGAAAUCCACAUCAGGUAUGAAGGUCCUGCAGCAGACAGUUCAACAGUGAGAUCAUGUAUUUUCCACUGUGGUUUUUUUUCAUUGAAAUCGUGCAGACCCCUCAGUCCUCACUCCACACAAUGGAUGAUCGAUAAACCUUAAUGUGAUGAUUUACAAGGAACAGUAAGGGUCUCAAACUGCGUCAUUCAGCACAGCAGAGAAGGAGAGAGAGGAUAGAAACAAGCUAGUCAGAUUACAGCAGUAAGUGUGAGAGUGUGCUUGACAAGGUGAAAUCCACCGGCAGAGCAAGGGGAUCACAAGGGAGAGCGAGGCUGAAUUCUGGAUCAGAGUGGCUGCCUCAUCCCAGAGCCCCCAGGGACCAGAUCAACCAUCCUGUAACCCAGAGAUUAAUGGAAAUGGAAAACACUUCCCUUGAGAUCACUCUGUUUUCAAUGUCUCAGGGCAGUGAUCUAAUUCAUAAUGCAUGAAGGUGACGGGCUACUAGAAAUCAAACAGCUUUCUCUACACAGGGGCCUCACUGGAGAGCUCCACUAUUGACUUGUAUUAUUCUUCACAUUGUUUUAACAAGAAACCUCAUACAAUAAUACCACAGCUAUGCAAGAUUUCCCUGACAUGAAAGUGAGAAAGACUGUCAUUUGAAAUGUCUGGGGAACAGACUUUAUUAUAGUAUGUGGGGCUCACAGUUUCGUAGUUACUAAUGCGGCUCUACCCAGUAUGAGUCUCCCAAUACUGAAUCGGUAAAAGGGGAUUCAGUGAUGGGUGGGGCACGGGACACUGCAAGCACAUCUGAAGCACUUGAAAACAUUUCAAUUAUCACAAAAAAUCAAUUGAUUCAGCCUGUUCCAUUUAAGAACUUGUGUAGAAAGUGUGUCUGAGCCUUCUUGUCUCCGGCUGUCUCACAGCAAGGGUACGAAUCCUCCGAAAGUAAAUCUAUAGAAUUGAAUGCAAGAGGCUUCUUGUCAAAUCGGAGGGCGUUCCUCAUGGUCUGAAGUGCAGGGUUAUUGAUCUUGGUGUGGCCUCUCAUAAGGAUACCAUUGACCGAGAGAAGGAAAACCUGCCCAGUCUCAAUCUCAAUAAUAUGAAUACAAAGAAAAUGCUCUUACAAUAAUAGUUAUUUAUUAGGAGAAACAUGUUGAAUUUCCAUCUUUUUUAUACACCAUAAAAUGCAGAUAAAUAGACUCCUUACAAAAAGCUGAACUGAAUCACGACAAAAAAUGAUGCAUUUUUUCUUUUACAUUUUUACAUUAAUUACAUUUACAUAAAAUAGUUGUCUUUUGCCCUUUUUUUUUUUUUUUUACAGAAUUCAGCAAGAAAAAUAUUCCUGUACCUUAAGUACAAGCAAUUGUUUGUUUGCAUUCAGAUCAGAGGUGUGCCACUUCUUAUGAAAGCUCCUGAGAAGACGGUUGAGAAUGCGCUGGUGCAUUUCAUCAUUAGCACAAGACUGCACAAGGGUCUCCAUGAAGCUAAACAUCAGCGUGUUAUGAAAGGGCAGCUGGGCUCAGGGCUCGCUUUCACCCCUCAAUGAACAGAGAGCUUAUUUAAGCUUUAUACUCCAGCAGGUAAAAGGGAUAGGGAUGGGGAGGGGAAAGAGCCCUGGGUUUGUGGGGAAUGCUGCAGGACAAAAAACAGAUCAGAAUUCAUCAUUUUUGUGCAAAGACAGGAUUCAUAUUUUCUAUUUUUUGUAUGUUUUUUUUUUUUUGGUUUUUGCAUGCUUAGGAAGCACAAGUCUAUCUGGUGGACUGAAUACACACUACGCCCUCUGGUGAACUAAAUUAGGUGGUGCAGCCUGUUCCUAAUACACAGUGCGCCCUCUGGUGAAUUCAGUAAGGUACUGCAGCCCCAUUCUUGGCAGAAGUGCUGCACACCUUUAAUUUCAUUUGGAGCAGCAUUACAUAAAAGUGAACAUAGAAUGUUAUCUAAAGGAGUUUUAACAGCGGUAUUGAUUUUAGCCCCUCAGUGGAAAACAAAUAAGCGUGAAAAGGCAGGAAGAACCAAAAAUAAAUAUUUUUUAAAAAAUCAAUCAAACUGCAAAGCUUGGGGAUGGGGGGGUUGUGGAAUACAGUACUGAACUCUCAGAUUAUUCUAGUACCACAUUGUGAUCUGAUUUACAUUGCAUGCAGUUUCUACACUGUACCAAUUCACAAUUCAAAGACAUUGGAAUGAACAGAAAGCAGUAAGCUGAAGAAUGCAGGCUCCCUCGAGUGGUGCAGGCGCUGUAUUAAAGCAGCCAGCUGGCAGCACCCUGGCGAUUGCUUACAGCACUGCUUGGCAAACCCUAGUAAACGUGGGCAAACACAAGUCCACUCUCCUGGUCUUCUAAAAGUCGGUCCUCGACAUAAAAAAAAAGAAGUAAUAAAAAAAUAAAAACGAAGAGAUCUGAUUGUCCUUUUAUGAUUUAAAGCAGGUAGUAGCAUCCCUUGUAAUAGAGUGUCAUUUUAAAAGUGCUCUGUGGCAUCAAAC